AUGUCUCUGCCUCCCACGACAGCUUCUUCCAACCCGACAGCUUCUUCCAACCCGACAGAUGAAAGUUCCCAUCCGUCCGGUCUUCUUGCAUAUGACGCACUCCCGAAUCACCAGGACUUUGACUCGAUGAUAUCUGAUGCGAAUUUCACUGCUGAUACUAGAACCGAUUUUUACGACCGGGGUCUGACAGGUCGCAAUUGUGCCCUUGUUGGAGUGGCAUGCUCAGGUAUCUUCAGCUGCUCAUGCAUCGUUGCAGGCAUUGUCACUCUAGUCAAUCACGGAGUCGACGGUGUAGCCGUGCCCAACCUGAUCGAUCUUGAGACGGAGUCUCAGUUGUCUCAGUUGUCCCUGCAGGCGAAAAUAUUGAUUCUGGCACUUAACAUAAUCGUCACGUUAUGCACCGAGUCCAUAGGCUUUGUACUCAGUAUCUCAUUGCGCUCUGCGCUAGCCUCAGAAUCUCGGCUUCGUUUCAACACUAAUCUGCGCCUUCUAACCGCAGCUCGUGGAUGGUAUAAUCCUAACGGCGCCCUCUUUAACGGUAUCUCAACUGUCCUCCUCAUUAUAUCCUACAGCUCGGCCUCACUCGUCGUAUGCUACGACAUUCAAGCAAUGUCAUCAACACCUGGGCAGGGUAUUGCCUUCGCAGGGCUACCUCUCCUCAUUUUGGGCGUCGCACUCCUGUUCCAGGUGAUGAUCGCAUUGUCAGGGGCACGGGCUGUCAAAAUAUUGACGUGGAGCUCGUCACCUUUCGACAUGACCGCCGCACUGGUCCACCACACGCAAUUGACCCCUGCUACUUUGCGGUGCAUGCGUCGUGUGUCUGACCUAGACACGGGUGGAGGUCCAGCGAAACCGCCAGAGAUACAGCCCUCGGCGUGGCAUGCUCACCAUAGCAUCCGGAAAGUUAUCAUUUCUCUUUGGGUGAUCGUUGUAGCAUGCGCUGGAUGGGCUGCACUCGUCAUGUAUAUCUGGGGCAAGUACAUCGGCAAGGGUUUAAUAUCGUCCCCCGGCAGUGGUAUAAUAUCGUCUUCCGGCAAUAGUAUAAUAUCGUCCCCCGACAGUGAUAUAAUAUUGUCCCCCGAUGCGCUGACCAUACAAACGUGGUCGUUCGUGCCCAGCGGGCCGUACAAUUACAUACAGUAUGGUAUGCCGGGUGUCAAUCUUCAGGCGUGGAUUUUGCUCUAUGUCAACAUGGCAGCUGUCCAGGGACCGUUGACGCUUGGGCUGCAUUGCUCGGAGCUCAUCGCAAAUGUCAUUCGAGACGAAAGACAGUGGAGAUGCGCUACCGGAAGGAAAGGACUUACAACGGCGACGAACCCGUUGAAGACGAUUUUCGCUCAUCCAAUUUGUCUCGUACUUUUCGUCACGAAGCCAUUCCUGCAUUGGAUGUUUGGAUUUUCGUUCAGUAUAUCUACCUCCGUAUUGAAUUGGCAACUAACACUGUUGUCGGUAACCAUGUUGACUGCCCAGAUCUGGAACUUAUGCAUAGCGCUGUUUAUAUUUGCCUGUUUCUUCACUUUCGUCGCACUGCGUCGACCGCGAGGUCCCCAGCCGGCUGCAUACGGUCACGUCCAGACGCUCGCCAACCUCGUGGACGGGUGGUCACCUGUGAUGUGGUGGGGACACAAGGAGGACGGAAUUCCGUACUGUCAUGCUGGGACGAGCGAUCACCCGCUCCCGGAUGUGAAGAUGGACUGCGUUUAUGCUGGUUCCGGUGCUGGGUCCCUGGUACCUGUCUCGUGAGAGGCACUUGAUUUACUUUUUAGAGGGAGUUUCUUGAUUCCUCUUUUUAAACAGAGGAGCUAUAUUUACGAAACAUGCUGAACACAUCAAAUUUGAAUAUGGACAGGCUGGAAGGUGAAGCAGAAAGGAAAUGUGGGAUCCAGUCGAAUGGUCAUCGACCAAUUAUCAUGCAGUACGAAUUGAACGAGGAUAGGACCGUCUCAGCUUAUGGUCGGUUCCUCGAAUUGGCAAUUGAUCAGAGUGUCAUAUGUGAGUUCGAGGAGUAGCUACUAUAAAAGUGUUGUUUUGAACGAUGCACAAGAUGUGGGCAUGCACGAACUGGU